GUUUCUGAUUCAAGUUUAUUUAAGGUUCUGAUUAUUAUUCUUAGGUUUCUGAUUUUUGUUUCAAGUUUAUUCAAGUUUCUAAAGAUUGUUUCCUCUAAAAACCCUCAUAAACUUUUUUGCGCACACCGAUUUUUAAGCACUGCUUUUCACCUCCUCUUCUUCCCCAAUUUUCCUUAUAUUCCUCAUUAAUGCUCGAUCGUUAUAAAGCAGAUUCGAUGAGCACUUCCUGAGUUAUAUAUCCAUCCUUUUGCUUAUUUUACUUUCUUUCUCCCCCAUUCCUUUCCCAAAAUUCCCGCUUCUACACAAACUUGUUCACUUUCUAAUAAAAUUAGUGACCGUAAAAAUCGAGAAAAAUAGAACAUAGAAAUUAUCUGAAUAUAUUCUUAUUUUCAGCCAAUGGCUACUCAAACAGAUAAGACAAAAGCUGGAGAAUUCAGUGAGAAUGAUCUGAGGCAUUUUCGCCGGAUCGCUUUUGUCGCCGUUGCACUUUCUACAGUAUCCAUGUUAUCUUGUGUAUUAUUAAUGCCAAUAGCUUGCCAAUAUAUUCAGCGGGUUCAGUCUUCUAUUAGCAACGAUAUUGACUUUUGCCGAAGCAGUAAUCGACAUAUAUUGUCAGAAGUUGUUGGUGUCCAAACAAAUAAAGGCCAAAUGGAACACGUUCACCGACUUAAACGAGGCAGUAACUCUGCUAACGGCAAUGGUAGAUGGCUUUUUGGGCAUUUUAUUCAAGACGGCGAUAAUAAUAAUAAUAUUCCUCUACAAGGGAGGGAAAUUAGAAGACAACAACCAUCUUCGUAUAAUGCACCUAGUGAAACCGCAGAAUCCUCAAGUGCAGCUUAUGCCCCAGCACCCUCUGCCCCAGUAGCUUCAGCGCCUGUUGCUUCUAGUGGUGGAGAGGAAUGUUGUGGCUGUCAAGUUGGACCUGCCGGUCCUCCCGGUGAUCCAGGCGUGGAUGGAACACCGGGGAAAGACGGAAGUCCUGGACAGAAUGGACAGCCAGGACAAGACGCCCCACCAGCAGCCCCAGCAACUCCUUGCGUCCGUGAAUGCCCUCAAGGCCCACCAGGUCCGCCUGGAAGUCAAGGAGACAAAGGACCCAAAGGAUAUCCCGGAGAGCAGGGAGAGCCUGGAGCAGCUGGAAAGCCUGGUCCGAGAGGCCCUGCUGGCAAACAAGGUCCGCAGGGACCGCCUGGAAUGCCUGGAAGGCCUGGGGACAAAGGAGAGCCUGGCAAGCAUGUACCUGGAGUUGCACCACCCGGACCACCAGGAAGACCUGGUGAAAUGGGCCCUCCAGGACUACCUGGACCUCCAGGAGAAAAAGGCAAACCAGGAGAACCUGGACCACAAGGACCUCAAGGCGAUCAAGGCAAUCCCGGGCCUUAUGGAAAGCCUGGUCAACACGGCCCUCAAGGUCCUCCCGGUCCAAACGGAUCUGUUGGAUCAUGCGAUCACUGUCCAAAACCAAGAACUCCACCAGGCUAUUAA